CAACAUUCACUUGGUGCCUCAUCUCUGCCCUAGCUGCUCUAAUAAGUUUUGAGGAUCGGAUUUUGAACCAUUAAUGGACCUCAGAAAAUCAAUGAGGUGCCAAAGAGAUGAUGUUGCCCUCAGUAUCACAAAGCAUUUAUUCUCAAAAGAAGAAUAUCAGGAGAAGAACAUGGUGUUUUCACCCUUUUCUCUCCAUAUUGUUCUUAGCGUCAUGGCUGCUGGUUCACAAGGCCACACACUCCACGAGCUUCUUUCCUUCCUCCGAUCUGACUCCACCGACCAUCUCAACACUUUGUUCUCUCAGCUCGUCUCUGCUGUCGCUACUCCUUCACAUUGCCUGUCUUAUGUCAAUGGAAUAUGGGCGGAUAAAUCGGUUUCCCUUUCCCAUACUUUUAAACAACUUGUGGCAACUCAUUACAAAGCCACUCUCCAUUCAACUGAUUUUACCAAGGCUGAUCAAGUGUGCCAUGAAGUGAAUUCGUGGGUUGAAAGGGAGACCAGUGGCCUUAUCACAGAGCUUUGUCCCUCCAAGGUAGUAGCCAACUUAACCAGCCUUGUCUAUGCAAGUGCACUCUGCUUCAAGGGGGUGUGGAAACACAAGUUUGAUGCUUUAAGUACAUACCAUGCUGAUUUUCACCUCCUUAAUGGUACCUCAAUCAAGCUUCCCUUCAUGACAAGCAAGAAGAAGACGCAGUAUAUUAGAGCUUUUGAUGGUUUUAAAAUCCUCCGUCUUCCUUAUAAGCAAGAUAGCGAUAAAAAGCGCCGAUUCUCCAUGUGCAUUUUUCUUCCGGAUGCAAAAGAUGGACUUUCAGCUUUAAUUGAAAAGUUGGCAUCAGAAUCUGGUUUUUUGAAAGGCAAGCUUCCUCGGCGAAAAGUGCAAGUCAUUCGUUUUGGAAUUCCAAAAUUCAAGAUUUCUUUUACACUUGAAGCUUCUAAUGUGUUGAAGGAGCUUGGAGUAGUUUCUCCUUUCUCUCAAUGGGAUGCGGAUUUUACAAAAAUGGUGGACUCUCCUUCAAAUGGAGUAUAUGUUGAAAGCAUGUUUCACACAACUUCCAUUGAUGUAAAUGAAGAAGGCACUGAAGCUACGGCAUUGGAGUUAAUGUUCGCGAGACUGAAGUGUAGGACCCGUAAUCCGAGUAUAAAUUUUGUAGCUAACCACCCUUUCCUCUUCAUGAUCAGAGAAGAUUUGACCGGAACAAUCCUUUUUAUUGGGAAGGUGCUUCAUCCCGACGGAGAAGCCUCAUCACUAAAAGCCACGUUGGAGAUGGAGGAGUUCUUCAGAAGUGCCAAAAAAAGGAGGAGUUUUUUUAAAGAACAGUGGGGAAUAAUCUACUGAUUUUGAACCGGAGGGAAUCGGGAGGAGGAAGAUAAGGGUGAUGACGGCAAUGAUGAUAAGCCCGAUAUUCCACCAAAGAGGAAGAGGUCCAGUAGAAGUGGCUCCAUGAAAUUGUUUCACGCUCUCAUUUAUGAUUAUGUUGCAACAUUAUUAGGUUUACUAGUUUUGUUUUGUUGGUGCAUAUUGCAUAGUCAAUAUUAGUGGGUUAAACAUGUGAUAGAACAUGGCUUCAAACGAAGUUGUAGUGAUCCUCCUUGUUACAAACAUAUAAAUGAAAUUAAAAAUAUGAUAU